AUCGGAUCAUUUGGUGGAUUUAUUGUCCAUCAAGUUGGUGCUCUUGUUGAGAGUUCGAGAAUCAUACUCAGAGGAAAUCCUCCAUUAAGACGAUGGUGCAAACGCGCAGUAACGCCAAUGUAGGUACCGGAGCUCCCCAACAGGGGGAGAACAGCACCACUGGAGGUCGGAACCCUCCCAUCACCACCGGGGAGGCUGAGGCCCUCAUUCAGAGGGUUGGCAUCACGGCCGAACAAUUCAAAGAGGUGCUGGCUGCACUUGCGCCCAACCGCGAGAGGCCGCCGCUGCCUAAGCGGAAGAAGAAGGAACCAUUGAUUUUCACAGAUGAGGAUUAUCCCCCAGUCCUCAGCCCUCAUAGGGAUGCUCUGGUGAUAAAGGUGGAGAUCAAUAAUGUGGUUGUUCAUCGAACUUUGGUCGAUACGGGUAGCUCGGUCAACGUUAUGUACAACAACACCUUUAAGGAGUUGGGGUUGUCCCGAAACGACCUGAAACCAAUCCAUACACCGUUAUCGGGGUUCACAGGGGAUACCAUUGAGGCUGAAGGAACUAUCACGGUGAAGGCUGGGGUAGGAGAUGGCACCCACCGGCUCUAGAUCGACAUGGAAUUUAUGGUAGUGCAGCUCGACUGUCCACACCAUUUGAUCCUGGGGCGACCAGGGUUGGAGGAUCUGGAGUGCGUGAUCUCCCCCGCACACCUAUGCCUAAAAUUCAACACUCCCUCAGGAGUGGGGGUAGCCAAGGGGAACCAAAGCCUGUCACGGUCGUGCUAUGUCAGGGCGACCAAGAGCCAAGCCCGGGUCGACGAGAAUGUAAGUACGAUCUGCGCUGCAAUCCAGAAGGAGGAGGGGCGCCCGCGGGCUGAGCCGGCGGAAGAGGUCGAGGAAAUUUCUUUGGACCCGGUCGAGCCAGAGCGGAAGGUGAAGGUAGGAAAAACCUUACCGCUUGAAUUAAAAGAACAGUUAUUGG